GUCAAUUUUAUGAAGGCAAUUGCAAAGCAUAUCAAGGCUACGACAUGAGGAGAUGACGACUCAGCUGAUACAAGUCUUUCUUUAAUGAUUCUUCGGUUCACAGUCAAGUAUCUUAUUAUAUUUCAAUAAUGAAUUCCGGCUACCGCUUUCAGCAAUGGCUACUGGAACAAUUCCCUUAUUAUAUGAAGGGAAUUCUCCUGCUUUCCCGUAAGCAGUUCUCUGAAUAUUCCCUGCGACAAGAUUCAUCAACCGAGAGAGAGACUCCAGCUCAACAAAAUAAAUCGGCGAUUUGGAAAAGAUGGCGCGAGGAUCAAAGAGCAAGAGGAAUCCUAGGAAUCUCAGGACGGUGAAUUCUGACAAGAAGCAAGAGGAAGACAAACCCCCAGCUUGGGUAAUCGACAUCAACCGCCGCCUUGGAGAAGGUCAUACCUACGAUGCGGGGAGGUCUUGGACCAUCUACAGGGUCCCAAGCAAUCUCCGUGAAGUGCACAAGAGUGCUUUUGUCCCAAAAAUCAUAUCUAUUGGACCUUUUCAUUUUGGGGAUCCAAGGUUGCAGGCAAUGGAGGAGCACAAGAUGCGUUGUUUGGUGCGGCUUUUAGGAGGCAAGUUCGAAGAAGAUGGAGGGAGAGGGCCGGAUCAAGAGGAAAUGCCUCGCAAGACCAUAAACCUUGAGAAUCUCGUGAAAUCAAUGAAAUUGGUACAGCAGAAAACAAGGGCAUGCUACUCGGAGUUUUUCGAUAUCCCAAGCGAUGAUUUUGUGCAGAUGAUGGUCAUUGAUGGUUGCUUCGUGGUUGAAAUAUUGCGCCAUUUUUACAAGUUCGACAAGCAGGAGAUUAUUGCUGAUCCUAUACUUGAAACUCGAUGGAUGCUCAGAACCCUUCAGCGUGAUCUCUUAAUGCUCGAGAACCAACUUCCCUUUUUCGUCCUCGAAGAAAUCUUCAAACUCACGAGCACUGAUCAGGAAGAACCCUCACUUCCAGUACUCACAGUAACCUUCUUCAACCCACUUCUUCCGAGAGAAGAUGUAGCUGCCAAGCUCGACAAAGAAGAAGAGUAUGAUCACCUCCUCGAUGUUUUCCGCGCUACUUUCCUCUCAGCAGUCAGGGCAAGAGUGAAAUCCCACGGGUGGUCCUCACACAACUUAAGCAUGCCUGCAUCUCAAGACGUACAGUUAAUCCACUGCGCAGUUGAACUGACAGAGGCUGGGCUUAAGAUCCGAAAACGAGAGAAUUGUGACUUGCUGGACAUCAGUUACAGCGACAGAGUUCUCAAGAUUCCUCCAUUAUAUAUCGAUGACAACACUGUCCCCAUGUUCUUCAAUUUUGUAGCCUUCGAGCAGUGUGACAAGGAGGCAAAGCCCUUCUUCACCAACUUCUUCAUAUUCCUUGACAGCUUAAUCUACUCCAAGCUUGACAUUCAGAUCCUCCACAGAGAAGGAAUCAUCAACCACGUUCUUGGGAGUGACAAGGGUGUGGCGAUUCUGAUAAAUACACUGGGGAGGCAGAUUGUCUACGACCCAGGCCAAAAUUACUUGUCGGUUGAGAUGAAGGAGGUGAACCAUCGUUGCAAGGUUUAUUAUGAGAGCAGAUUGCAGAACUGGUGGAGGAACCUAGUAAAGAACUACUUCAACAACCCAUGGUCGCUCGUAUCUCUGAUAGCAGCUAUAUCCCUAUUGAUUCUGACAUUUCUCCAAACCUUCUACACUAUGUAUCCUUACUAUGAACAAGAAUAAUUUUACUUGAAUGAAUUCUUCCAAAAAAAAUUUCAAUAAUUUCUGGUUUGCUUGGGGCUCGUCGAGAUUAUUGAAUUUUUCUGA